UUAAUAAAUCCUGUACCAACGAUCUGUGGUAAAUAUAAAAACUAAUUUGUGCAAACUACAUUUUCUUCUACUUUAACUUAUAAUUAAGCUACGUUUCUCGUGGUUAAGUUAAUUCGAUUGCAUGUUUACUUAUAAUGCUUCGCUGCAUAAUUCAGAUGGUGCUUUACUUACAUUCAAGGCAUGGUCAUUAUUAGUCUAGUGUAACUAAUUAUUUCACAAACAUUAUAAUAAAGUUUAUUUCAAUAAAUUUAUUGCUUUUUUUAAAUACACGAAGUUUGUUUAAAUGCAUAGUUUUACUCAUUGAAGCAAACAUAAAAAUUUGGUUACAUACAUAUGUGUACACAUAUAAUGCAUAGAAAAGCCUUUGGCCUAACAAUAAAAGAGUAUUUUAUUUAAUGAAAAUAUUCUGCCUCACAAUCUCCAUAUCCUUCGAUUUUAUCAAAACAAGAAAUUCGUAUUUUUCCUUUGUAAACAAAACUAUCAGAGUAAUGAAGCAUUGAAGCCAGUAGCUUGCGGAUAGUUGGAAAGAAAUGUCAUGAAACAUUGACAUUAUUCUAUUGAUCUUUCAGGCAGGGCAAAAUCUUUUCAUCUCAUAUUUCUUUUUUUAUGGAGUAUUACGGAAACAUGUGUUUCUGAAGAAAAUGUAUAGAAGUAAGGCUAAAUUCCGACGGAACCGUUAAAACAUAGAUUUUUUGAAUGAAAUUUACCGGAUAUAUAUGGAGUCAAUAUAAGGAUUACUGCGGUACGCACGGAUUUCGCUUAUUAUUGGAAGAUAUACCACCAUUGAAAUUGGUUUAGAGAUGACUCAAGUAAUUUCAAGCGUAGGAGAUUCUCUUAGAAAAAUACUGUUCAGCCGAAUCGAGCUCGUAGUUUCAAUAUAGUUUAUUCUUUUAUUUAUUUUUUGUAAGUAACUGGUUCAUAAUGAAUUUAAUUUUUUUAUCCUUGUCUAAAUGUAUGACUUUAGCUAUGGCGAGCGAAUUUUGUUUUACAUUAUUUUACAACUGCAUUGUAUGAUUAAUGUUGUUGCUUAGUUGUCGUUUAGAUAGCAAUCGAACCGGCACAUCCAGUGCAGUAUUGAAGUAAUUUCUUCGCAAUCUUGCGGCAACAGGUAAGUUGGUUAGCAAUUGGUGUUAAGAAUUCCCAUUAAUGUGCAAUGUACCGUUUGUUGCUUGUGGUGGCUGCACGCCGUAUCGCUUCAGUACAUAAGAGUGCAAUUAGUUCUGCUUUACUGUUUGCUGUCCUUAUUUUAUAAAGUUUACUAUCCUAAAACAUUGCUUUACUUAUAUGUAUCGUUUUAUAGUACCAGUGUAUCAGCUGUACAAAAAUUUACUUUAUUGUGGCCUGUGAUGUCUAACUAAAUCGCUAACUUAAACUUUUAUAAUGUUAAAUCCGAGUAAUACAUAAUUUGAAUAUUAAGCUGAAUAGAAAAUUCUAAGAACUUAGAACUAACCCUUACAGAAAUACAAAAUUUGUUUGAUCUUUACUCAGUAUAUUUUUCUAUUCCGUCACUGAUUCAAAUUUCAAAAUAAAAAUAAAUAUGUAGGUAUACUUAUGCACACAUUCAUUCAGUUUCUAUGCUCAAAAUGGUUUUUAAAAAUCUUAGAUUCGUGUCGCCAACAUUAAAGGAAAGAAGAACAUUUUUCAAUGAUACUCAUAAUAAAGGGAAGAAUUUUGGUAGUACAACUAAUAGCGAUAAAACAAAAGAUAUAAAAUAUCGAAAGGAAACCGAUACUUUUGGGGAGCUGCAAGUUCCUGCUGAUAAGUAUUAUGGAGCUCAAACUCUUCGUUCAAAAAUAAAUUUCCCAAUUGGAGGAAAAAGGGAGCAAAUGCCAAAAGAAAUAAUAAUAGCAAUGGGAAUAUUAAAAAAAGCCUCAGCCGAGGUGAACAGAGAAUAUGGGUUGAAUAGCAAAAUAGCUGAAAAUAUUUCUAAGGCUUGCGACGAGUUAAUAUCUGGUAAAUUAUACAAAGACCACUUCCCUUUAGUUAUUUGGCAAACAGGAUCUGGUACGCAAACAAAUAUGAACUGUAAUGAAGUUAUCAGUAAUCGUGCUAUCGAACUAAUGGGUGGUGAAUUGGGCUCAAAAAAACCUGUCCAUCCAAAUGAUCAUGUAAAUAUGUCGCAGAGCUCAAAUGACACGUUCCCCGCUGCAAUUCAUAUUUCUGUGGCAAUGCAACUAGUAAAUACACUAAAACCGAAUAUUGAAUUUAUGCGAGAAGGUUUAAAAUUGAAAUCGGAAGAGUUCAAGGAUAUUGUAAAAAUAGGACGAACACAUACAAUGGAUGCUGUACCUUUAACACUGGGUCAGGAGUUCAGUGGUUAUACACAACAAAUUACUUAUGCUCUUCAACGAAUCGAUGCAUGUCUUCCUCGUGUAUAUGAAAUUGCUCUUGGCGGAACCGCUGUAGGAACAGGACUCAACGCACCUGAAGGUUUUGCCGAGAAAGUUGCAAAAAGAAUUAGCGAAUUGACAUGCUUACCAUUUGUAUCGGCACCGAAUAAAUUCGAAGCGCUAGCAGCACGCGAUACGAUGGUAGAAGUAAGUGGAGUGUUGAACACAAUAGCAUGCAGUGUGUUUAAAAUAGCUAACGAUAUACGUUUUCUCGGUUCUGGACCACGAUGUGGCUUUGGUGAGCUGAUGUUACCCGAAAAUGAACCAGGUAGCUCAAUUAUGCCAGGGAAAGUAAACCCCACACAAUGCGAGGCAAUUACGAUGGUUGCCGGACAAGUGAUUGGUAAUCACGUCGCAGUUACCAUAGGAGGAUCGAACGGUCAUUUCGAAUUGAAUGUUUUCAAACCAUUGGUGGUCUCGAAUGUUCUCCGUUCUAUUCGUUUACUCUCUGAUGCCAGUCGGACUUUUACCUGCAAUUGCAUAAAAGAUAUUCAACCGAACAAAGACCGCAUCAAUAAGAUAAUGAACGAGUCUUUAAUGCUAGUGACAGCAUUAAACCCGCAUAUUGGUUACGAUAAGGCGGCACAAAUAGCUAAAACAGCUCACAAGAAUGGGACUACUCUUAAAGAAGAAGCAAUAAAUUUAGGUUACUUAACCGAACGGCAAUUUAAUGAUUGGGUAAAACCACAGAACAUGCUUGGACCGAAAUCAAUGAUGCAGGGUGCUAAAACUAAUAAAUAAGCGUAUAUACAUACAUGAAUUAUAUGUUUGUAUUUGCAUCUGAAUAUAAUAGUUUCGUUAUUGCAGUUAAUAUUAUAAUGCGAAUGUUUUUCUCUUAUUUUCAAUAAAGCUCAAAUAAAAAUAAUUUAGAACAUUAUUAUUGUUAA